GUGAUUAAGUGAACCAGCCUCAGGUGCGACAGCUUGUCACACACCUGAACUGUGGUUUUAUCAAACCUCCUGAGAAACUUCAAGUAUCUGACAGCGUCUGGUGCACGUGAGGUUUCUGCUGCGGCUUCAUACACACAUUUAGAUGUUGUAGUUACACAGUGGCUGCAUAUGAUUCGUCGUUUCGCAGCAUCAGGAAUCAAAGCUGAGUUCUCUCUAGAGCUCCAGCAGCAAAUAUGUUUGCUUGAGUUGUCCGGCUUCCAGUUAGUUUUAUUUCCCUUGUUUCUUUAACAAGUAGGAUCAGCCUACGCAGGUUUUAUUGUCUAUAGAGGAUUUUAACAGGUUGGAGGUUCCCUGAGUCCGGUUGGGUUCAGGUUUAGACAGGGAGGCCAUGAAGGAGGAGAUCGCUGCUGCCGUGUUCUUUGUGGCUCGGCUGGUGAAGAGAUAUGGUUGUCUGGAUAAUGACGGCAGGGAGAGGUUUGCCGCUGCACUCACGUCAGCUCUGUUUGAGAACUACAAGAACCACUGGCACCCAAACGCACCCACCAAGGGUCAGGCCUACAGGUGUCUGCGUAUGAAUCGUGUGCGGCUGCAGGACCCGGUGCUGCAGCAGGCCUGCGAGCGCAGCACGGUGCGGUACGAGGAUCUGGGCCUUCCCCAGGAGCUGACUGUGUGGGUUGACCCCGGAGAGGUGUCCUGCAGGUAUGGCGAACGCAGCUCUCCAUUCUGCGUCUCAGUGGUGGACAGCUGUCGCCGUGGUGGUGGAGAAUUCUCCCGGCGUGUCCACGACGCCGUGGAGCGGGCGAGCCUUGACGUCGCAUCAGGAAGCUCCUCCGACGAGGAGGAGGCCGGUGGAGACAGCAGCAUGAGCAGCAGCAGCAUGGUCAGCAGCAGCAGCAGCAGCAGCAGCAGCAGCAUGGUCAGCAGUUGCAGCGUCCUAUCGGUUCUCUGCCCUGCUCCGAUCCCACCCAACAACCCUGAACCCAAAACCAUCCCGACUGUCAGCAACCCCAACAGCGUCUACCGGAUCUCUUGUCACCGCCCGCUAUCCCUCGCCUCCUCUCAUCCUCAGUUCAGCGAGUUCUCUCCCGGCGCCCCUCAGACCUGGCUGAGGGAGAAGCGGAAGGCCUUCGCUGGUGACUUGUUCCCUCCUCACCCUCCUCACCCUCCUCCUCACAUUCCUCCUCCAGCCGGAGGCCCGGGCUCUCAGUUCUCUGUCCAGAAAGGCUUCAAGUCCUAUCGAGCCACGUUUACCUUCACUGGGCCUCGUGUUGACAAGUACCACUGGGUCAGCAAGUCUCGAUCCUAACGCCGUGCGGCCCGAGCCUUCUGCCCAGAACUGGAAUCGGGUUACUGCUCUGGACAGGAGCCGUGAUGUUGCAUGAUGGG